AUGUAUCGUGGAUAUCGUGGUUUGUUGAAAAGCUACCACGGGAUCGGGUCACCUGCAGAGAGAUCACCACGGCGCGAGGUGGUGCUGGUGUUGGUAAAGAAGGAUGGGUUGGCACUGGAAUGGGCUGCUGACGGUCUGAGAGCUGAUCGUGAAGUGGUGCUGGCAGCUGUUCAAAAGGGAGCGUUUGCAUUGGAAUUUGCUGCCAACAGCUUGAAGAGAGAUCGUUCAUUCAUCCUGGCAGCUGUUUCAACAAAUGGCUAUGCCUUGGCGUGUGCACCGAAGUUCCAAGGAGAUCGACAGAUCGUUGAAACGGCGGUGCGUGAAGACGGCAGUGCUUUGGAAUAUGCCUCUGAUGAGUUACGCGGCAACAAGGACGUGGCGCUGCUGGCGGCCGCGUCGGAUUCGGCCUUGGAGCACGUGGCGCUCCAUCUGUGGAAGGACCGAAGCUUCGCCGCUGCGGUGCUCAGCAAAAACGCCGCCGCCGUGGAGUUCCUGCUGCAGAACUCUGCCGAAACGCUCUGUGAUGAGAACUUCCUGUUGGAGGCCGUGGGGCGAAAUCCCAAUCUGCUGCCCCGACUCGAUGGCACUGCGACAGUGUCGUUGACCUCGGAGUUCCUGGUGCGGGCCCUGCGGCGCAACGCCCGGUGCUUCACGGCGUGCCUUCGCGCCACACACACCGUGCAUCGUCAGACGCAGGCAACGCCGGCAACGCCUGCACCGCCUGCGCCCUUCACUCGGGACAUUCUCAUCCGGGCCCUAAGUCUUGAGCUGCUGAACGAAUUGCACAGCAAUGCUCCAGAGCUUUUGGACAAAGACUUUGUGCGCUCAGCUGUGGAAGUGAUUCCUGAAGCAUUUUUGUAUGCAGACUCGGACUUCAGGAGAGAUGCCGAACUGGUGAAAGCUUUGUCAUGCAGAAGAGCUUCGAGCUUGCAAUAUGCAGAUGCAGAGCUGCGAAGUAACCAGAAGUUCCUGCUAUCUCUGAUCGAACUCAACGCUGCAUGUUUGAAAUUCUGUUCUCAGGACCUAGUUCUGUCCACAGACUUCAAUCUGAAAGCACUCCAAGUGAACAGUGGGGCUCGAGAUCAUGUGGACUCCAUGCUAUGGAAGGACAGGUCCUUUGUAUUGAAAGUGUUGGGAUGUUCAGAGAUUUCAACCAACACUGCUCUUGAGAAGGUGGCCGCAGAGCACCCAGAGCUCCUGGCAGAUUACGACUUUGCCUUCCAAGUUGUUGAGAUGCGAGGAUCGUCUCUGGCAUUUCUGGGUGAAUUUUCUGGAGAUAAGAACUUGGUCUCCGCAGCGCUGGAAGACGACCCCAAGGCGCUAGCUUGGGCCUCGCCGGCCUUGCGGGAGGAUCACCGGUUGGUGCUUUCUGCGUUGCGGAAGGACGGCUCGGUUCUGCAUGAUGCUGGGCCCAGCAUCAAAGACAACGUGGCCAUGGUGUUGGAAGCCACGAAGUCUGUUCCGUCUUCGUUCCAGUUUGCAUCUGAACGGAUUCGAAAAGAUCAGGACGUGGUGUGGCAGGCUCUGAAGCUCUCGCCCCAAGUUCUCGCUUUUUCUCUGCUGGCGGCUGAUGGCAACUUCGUUUUGAGUGCCUCUAUCCAUUUUGAAGCUGCAGUUCAAUAUGCCGAAGAGGUGCUGCUGAUGAAUUUGGGCUUCUGCUUGUCCUGCGUGGCGCAGAACGCCGCGGUGCUCAGCUUUUUGCCCAACGAACUGCGGGCCUCGGCGUCCUUCGUGGAGGCUGCGGUGAGAGCCAACAGCCAAGCCUUGUACUUUGCACCCCGACAUCUUCAGUCAGAUCCUGCCCUGAUCCGAUUGAGCACUGGCAGUGGUGGCAGUAGUGGCAGUGGCUUGGCCUAUCCAUCCUCAUUGUGUCGUGAUGCACAGACGCUUCAGCAGCAUGGGGUGCCACUUGAGCGACUCGGUCGAUCCGGAUCUGUUCAUGCCGUAGCUGCCGGGAAUCGAAUCCUUUCUGACUGGGAACGUUUGGAACGACUUUCCGUCAAAGCUCUUCAGGAGGAAUGCUCCAUGCGUGGUUUGUACGGAAAGGAGUGCUUGGAGUGGUACGGCGUCGAUUUCCUGAUCCUGCGUUUGAAGAGGCUUGUGCUUUUGCAGGAGCUGCCGCUUCAGGAACUCCGCUCCGCGGCCAAAGUGGACAGCGCCGCAAGCAGCUCGGCUGCCACUGCCUUGAAAGUCGGGGCGUCGGUGCUGGUGGUGGAAGACUUCUUCAGCGUGGGCAACGUGAAGCUGAAGCGAGGACUCGUUGGGAAGGUUACGAUGAUCGACAAGAUGGAUGCCAAGAUCGAUUUCAGAGAGCAAAACACCAGCGCUGGAACAUUUGCAUCUCAAUGGGUCUAUCAAAAGGAUUUCAUCAAGUUGAAGGUGGAGGAAGAUGAGGAGGAACAAAGCAUGUUGCUGAACGAGCUCAUGAUCGACCUGUUCGCAGGCGUCUAUGAAAGGAAAGGUGUUCCCGUGAGAAGUUUGCAAAGUUUCCCAGCCGCCAGCGCAGUGCUCGAACGAUGGGAAAGUCUCGUGGCUGAAGAUUAA